AUGUCAGACGUCGCAAAAGCCUUGGCUAGACCUCCAAACUAUCCAACAAAGUUCUUUGGUUUCGAGUUGGGUGCUCAAACUACUUUGGACGAUAAGAAUGAUCGGUAUAUCGUUAAUGGUAGUCAUCAGGUUGACAGGCUUAGGGAAGUCCUCGAUUCCUUCAUCGCUAAAUUUGUUCUCUGUGGUUCUUGCAAAAACCCUGAAACGGAAUUACAAAUGUCUAAGAAUGAUGACAUUAUUAAGGAUUGCAAAGCUUGCGGUAAACGCUCUGGUGUCGAUAAGGUACAUAAGCUUACCACUUACAUUCAAAAGAAUCCGCCUCCAAAGAAGAAGAAAGGUCAAGGCGCUCAUGCUGAAGCUGCAAACAAGGCAACUGACGAAGUCGAACAAAUGGAGAAUGACGCUCAAACUCAAGAUGAUCUCACUGCUAGAAUUAACGCUGAAGCUAAGGCUGUCCCCAUUGCUGAUAAGAAAGCUGACAAUGAAUGGAGUGUCGACACCUCAGAGGCAGCUGUCCAAGCUAGAGUUAAUCAGUUAUCUGAAGGUGUCACUACCAUCCUCGGACAAGACGGCGCUAACUCUGAUGAAGACGGUAACGAUGCCCCUGAAUCUCAGUUGGCUUUGUGGAUUGAGGAGAAGCACGCCGAAGAUCAAACCAUCAAUCCUGUUGAUAUCCUCAACAAGUCCAGAGAUCUGAAUAUAGAACAAAAGCAUAAAACUGUCCAAGUUGUCAUCCAAUCUGCUCUCACCCAAAACGCUUUCAAGGAGCUUGAUGGUAUUAUUCCAGUCUUGGAACAAAUGUGCAAGGAUGGUUCUGAAAAGCAUCAAAAGAGUAUUCUCGGCGGUCUUGAGAGACUCGUUGGUCUCAACUACCCGGAACUUCUUCCUCAGCUUCCUAAACUGCUCAUGAAGAUCUAUCAAGCUGAUCUCCUGGAAGAGGAAGUCAUUCAGCACUGGGGUACGCAUGUUUCUAAAAAGUAUGUCGAUAAAGAUGUCUCAAAGAAAGUCAGAGUUUCUGCCAAGCCAUUUUUGAAGUGGCUCGACGAGGCUGAGUCCGAAGAUGAGAGUGAUUAA